AUGACGAUGUCCGUCAAAGAAUCAUCCAAGCACGGAGCCGUUGAUUUUCUGGGAGGAUCACAAAUCACAGAGUUUCAUAUUCUCGAAGUAGUUCUAGUAAAAUCCAUAGAUCAUCUUUAUUUAGACAUGAGUCCUGUUAUAGAAACCAUAGAUCUGUCCGAGAAGAAUAAAAAUGCAGCAACCAACGAAAAUGCAUUCACGGAUUUAUAUGAAGCGACCGCUGAUGUAUUGCGAAAAAAAAUACAGGAAAUAAGACACGAUGUUUUGGGAUAUCUUAACCACUGCAUUAAUGACAUGAUGUCCGACGUUCUGCAGAAGAUAACGAUAUCUUUGGUGAAAAAUGGAGAAUUCUUGUACAGAACGAACAAAUAUCGCGACAAAAGGCUAUCCAGCAAGAAAGAUGCGCUGUCGAAUAAGGAGUUCAUAGAAAGAAACUCCUUGCUCACUGAUCUUUUCAAGAUUUCGCAUAUUCGCACAGUUUAUAAUCUGUUCAUGAUGUCUUUCAUACUUUUCCUUCUCAACACUAUCGCAUGCGAUAUCAUAGAGUUUGGAACGAUCCGCGUUGGAACCAACACGUUACGGAAUGGCUUUGCAAAGUUCACAUCGUGCAUCUUCAUUUGGUUGUUUAUGCAAGCUUCGACACUCGGUGUCUACGCGGCUUUCAUCCUCUGGGCAUACCGACGAUUCCGGUUCUUGCCAAAAUCCUCCAUCCGAAAAUUAUGGGAUUACAGCUGGCUAGCAAUAUUUAUAUUGUAUCAAAUUCUCUUUAUUAUUUUUUCUCUUAAGGCGAUGCUCAGCAUGAAUUUGUUCAUAUGUUGUAGGAUGAUUAUUAUUAUGGAACAAAUACGCAUGGUAAUGAAAAGUUAUGCUUUUGUCAGAAGCGCAGCACCUAGAUUUCUGUCGUACAAACCUCAUAGCGAAACUCCGCCACCGAGUAGGCCCAAAUUCUCGCAAUAUUUGUAUUUCCUUUUCGCACCGACUCUUGUGUAUCGCAACGAAUAUCCCAGGACAAAAAGAGUUAGGUGGAUGGUGGUAAUUCGUAAUUUUAUUGAAUUUGGCCUAUCGAUCUUCUAUCUCACCUUUAUCUUAGAAAACCAGGUAAUGCCGAUUUAUCGUGUAUUCGGCACACAAUAUCUGGAUUGGAGGUGGUUCGUCAAGAAUACCAUCAAGCUUAAUAUUCCCGGCAUUAUCUCCCUUAUGACCAUAAAUUAUCUUCUGUUGCACACGUGGAUGAACGCUUGGGCGGAAAUGCUACAGUUUGCCGACCGAAUGUUUUACAAAGACUGGUGGAACAGCACGACUUACCACGUGUUUUUCCGCACAUGGAACGUGAUAGUGCACGACUGGCUGUACAUGUAUAUCUACAAGGAUUUAUACGAAAUCGUCCUAUCUCAUCGGAUGUUGUCAGCUACUGCUGUAUUCUUCACCUCCGCCGUCGUCCACGAAUACAUACUCGCGUUUGCAUUUGGCUUUUUCUAUCCUGUAGUAUUUACCUUAUUCAGCACCGUAGGUUUUCCCAUGUUUUUCGUCCGCAAGACCAGCAACCUUCUUAUGUGGAUAACACUGUCCCUUGGAACCGGCAUCAUUUUUAGUCUACUAACAAUAGAGGUAUAUGCUCGGCAAAACUGUCCGCCUCAUCCCGAUUACUUCCUGGACCUGUUCAUACCGCGAAGCUGGAGCUGUCAGGAAAAAUUUAAUGUGUAG